AUGUCGGGUCUGCUUGUUGCGGGCGUAUCCAAGCAUUGCGGUUACAAGAUGAUGUAUGAGAGCGCACGUACCCUGGCCGAGCAGAACAACAUAAGUGCCAUCGCAGCAUGGAGGGGAAUCGGACAUCCCCUUGUUCUCGUUACUACGCAGCGCAUGCCGCAGGUCUGCGCCGUGGUCGAGGCGUCGGGCCGUAGACAUGCGCAAUCAGGGCAAAAGAUGGGUGCGGAACCCCACGAGAUUGGCUUCUGA